GGCUACUGCUUCCCGUGGCCGCAAACUUUCGUAUUUUUAAGGCGGAGUUGCAAGCCUACUUGUAGCGUUUGCUUACUAGCUAGAUUUUUGCAUUAUGGCGAAGUCCCUUUGGUAGAAGAAGUCAGUGUAGCUCUAUCUUCUUGUUGGAUGGAGCAAAAUUGUGAAACAGAACGAUGAAUACUCGACUUCAAUCAUCAUUUAACAAGAGCAACGCACAGAAGCAGAACAGGAAAUAAACUUCUCAUGACCAAGACCAUGUCUGUUUUUCUAAGACAAGAUCCGCAUCCGCAACCGGAGUCGGAGAAUUCGCAAGAAAUGGCUCGCAAAGUCGAAAAUUUGCGGAUCGAGCAGCAAGAGUGGAAAGAGAAAGCGAAGAAGCUUCAGCGAGAGCGCGAUUCCCUCGAGACCGCUGCAAAGACUUAAGAAGACUCUUGUUGAUCUGGGCGAUCACUUUUGCUUGAGUAACACGCUCUCAGUUGAUUUCUGAUGGAUUUACUUCAUCAACGAGCCAAAAAUUUAUGUUUCUGAACAGAGCAAGAGUGCAGUCUGUUUCUGUUAAUUUAAUUAAGAUAUUAGAGAUACAUAUUUUUAGUAUUAGUACAUGCCCAGAAAGCGGGCCCAUCAAGGGCCCGCUGCGCUGGGCAUAGGUUAACAACUCGACAGGUUGACUACUAAGAGACAGAAAGACAAACGAAAAAAGUUGCCAAGUCUGCUCGCCAAGGCUGGGAAGCUGGCCCCCACUGUGGCGAGGCUAGUGAGGAGGUUACCGCUAUGGCUACUGCCUUGGCCAACUUGCUUGCUAGGGGCAAGCCAAUGGGCGCCAAGGCUGGCCCGCUGAGCGUCAUGGAGUCCAUGAGAAGGCCACGCUUGGACAUAUGUAGGCACAGAGGUUGGGCCCUUUUGAGUGUGAUCAUGUCCAGGAGAAUCCUAAAGCAUAGCAUACCCAUGGGAUGGCAAAAGGCUGACACUGGCGAGCGUCAUGGGCGAGGCCCAUGAGAAGGCCACGCUUGGGCAUAUCUAUGCGCAGAGCCAGAAGCUGGGCCCCAACCUUCAGGCGCGGGGAUGUGUCUAUAGGGUUGGCUGUUUCAUGGACAUGACGCAAGACGCCCACCACGGUCCGCGCCUCAGACAUGCAAUGGCCCACAGUUAUCAUUCUCACGCACAGGCAUCGACGUCCUCAGCCUUCAGCCUUCACCGACGGAGAUGCAUGCGCCUGGCCUUCUCAUGGACAUGAUGACGCCCGCCAAGGUCCACCCUUAUUUACUUUCUCACAGACAUCGACACCCUCAACGGCUUCGACUUUCGCAGGCAAAUCUGUAUACCUUUGGCCCUCUCAUGGAUAUGAUGACGCUCACCAAGGUCCACCCUUCAGACACGCAAGUGCUCAAGGCUAUCACCCUCACAGGCAUCGACAUCCCCAACGGCUUCGACUUUCAAACACAGAGACGCACAUCUUUGGCCUUCUCAUGGAUAUGAUGAUGCUCACCAGGGUCCACCUUUCAGACAUGCAAGUCCUCACGGCUAUCAUUCGCACAGGCAUCGACAUCCUCAACGGCUUCGACUUUCAAGCACAGAGAUGUAUAUCUUUGGCCUUCUCAUGGAUAUGAUGACGCGCACCAGGGUCCACCCUUCAGACAUGCAAGCCCUCACGGCUACGGCUAUCAUUCUCACAGACAUCGACAUCCUCAACGGCUUCGACUUUCACGCACAGAGAUGUAUGUCUUUGGCCCUCUCGUUGAUAUGAUGAUGCUCACCAAGGUCCACCCUUCAGGCAUGCAAGUCCAUCUUCACGGCUAUCAUUCUCACAGACAUCGACGUCCUCAACUGCUUCGACUUUCAUACACAGAGAUGUAUAUCUUUGGCCUUCUCAUGGAUAUGAUGACGCUCACCAGGGUCCACCCUUCAGACAUGCAAGUCCUCACGGCUAUCAUUCUCACAGACAUCAACACCCUCAACGGCUUCGACUUUCACACGCAAAGUUGCACACCUUUGGCCUUCUCAUGGAUAUGAUGAUGCUCACCAGGGUCCACCCUUCAGACACGCAAGCGCGCACGGCUAUCAUUCUCACAGCCAUCGACAUCCUCAACGGCUACGACUUUGAAGCGCCGAGAUGUAUGUCUUUGGCCUUCUCGCGAAUCAAUACGAUCACGCUCGUCAGCCUCUACCUUUUCAAGUGCUCACCCUCUCCCUUACAAUUCUCCCGCUUUUGUGCUGGUUAGGAGUAUACUGGUCAACCAUCGACCUCCAAGGGCGGCCGCGCGCUCCUGUGCCGUGGUCGAUUGCUGUGCGCGGAAGGUAGUCGCGGAAGGGGAGCGAGCUAACUUUUUUCCAAAAACUUCAGGGAGGUCGUUCAGUUUUCUCUGUGUUUGAAUGACUUCCCUGAAGUUUUUGAAAAAAAGCAAAGGCGCUGGGCGAUAUAUGACAAGGGUAGCGGUUGGAAGUUCGUUGGGGCGAUUCGCUAGGGGUGGGCGCGUAGUGUCUUGCUGCGGAUGUGGCUGGUGUACGUGAGUAGCCUACAAACUAACAGCCGCGAACACGUUAGCACGUUCUUGACACUUUUGGACUCGUAGUACUAGCAAGGUCCUUAAGGAGCCGCUGUUAUUAGCCCAAGUUUAUAACAGCUUGUCCUUAAGGGACCUCCUUAAGGGAAUUUUUUUCCUCUUAAGGAAAGUUAUAAUAACUUUUUAUAAUAAAAAUUCCUUAAGGAAACUGAUUUCCUUAAGGAAGCGCCUUAAGGAAGCUCCUUAAGGGAGCUCCUUAAGAGAUUUCUGGGAAUUGCUAAUACUAUAAAUACUAAUAUUUUACCUACUAGAAAUAAGCUGUUGCUGUACUAAAGCGCUAAUAGACGGCUCACGCGACGGCGAUGCAUGACGCGAAGAAUGCAUGUCGAGGUUUGCGUGGGCAAGUUUCGGCCUUAGACCGUGAGAAGAAGCUCUUGGAGCAAAAACUGAAGCAAAAAGAGGAUGAACUAGACAGCACGAAGCAGCAACUACAGCUAUUUAAGGCACAAUGGAUGCCAUUCAUUCCUACACGUCUUCGCAUUUCUCCCUAUUCCUUUCUUAGGAUUUGGAGAAAUGCAGGCAAGAAGUGAAUUGCGUUGAGUUCCAAGUUAUUGCAGCAAGGCGACGCUUUUUUAUGGCAGGAAGACCUCAACGCGGCCUCCACUUCUAUGCGUGAAGACCUGCAACGGGCGAUCCUUGCUAGCCUUUUCAAGGCCUCACAAGUAGUGGGUCCGACAUCGUCAGCGUCACUAAGAGGCGGAGAGGGUGCCGUCUCCAGAACGCUCCUCGAGGA